GGAGUGUUCUCUUUUUUUUUUUUCUCUCUUUUUUUUCUCCACUCCACUCGUUUCUAGUCCGCACCCGUGUCCUUUCUCAUCCCGCCUCCUCCCUCAUCACCCACAUUCUACUCAUUCUUUCACAUCCUUUCAAAUGACUUCCGCUCAUGGCAGGAGUCGCAGGUCUGCAACACUAAGCAACCUCCCAUCAGUCCCUCCACCUCCCCCGCCUGGUCAUCCAACCCAGCCAGUCCAUUCUCUCAGCCUCCUCAACCACCACUACCACUCUCACCUCCAACAGCAUCAUCUUCCAGAUCAACAACAACCACACGACUCAAGGGAUUCAUACUCUCCUGCUCAUCCCAUCCAAGUGAUCCAGCGAUCGCGUCCAGCUGGCCAACCAGAAACUCGGGCCGAUAGCAAUUGGAGAAGCAUAUUCGAUGCUGCCUUGGUCAAGGCUCAGCAGGCUGUUCAGCUGGACGAGCUCGGCGAGAGCACAGUCGCAGCGAACCUAUAUGCCCAAGCUGCCAACGAUCUCGGGCGUGUCAUCCCUCUAUGCGGGAGCGAGAAGAAGAAGCAAUCGAUGCUUGCCAUCCAAGCGAUCUAUCUCGAUAGGGUCAUCCAGUUAAAGGCGGGGGCUACGGGGAAGACGAAUCAGCCAUCCUCGUCCUCAUCCUCGAACUCGACCUCGGUCAAUCACAGUCAGAGUCAAUCUCAGGAGACCCGCUAUUCUCUCCCAAAUGGCAGGGAAGUCCCCUACGGACACGAAGAUCAAUAUCCCACUCAAGAUAUCUAUCGCCAGCAGGACCCUUAUGGACACCAGUACCAGCAGUACCAGCAGUACCAACCACCUACAUCUCAGCCACCAGCAACAGCCCAGCAGCCAUCGCAUACGGAUGACCGUGAUAAAGGAUUAAGGACAUCUGGAAAGAAGAGAUCUAAGACUCAGCUCUCUGCUCCAAAACCACUAGACUUCGUGCAGGAGAAUUACAGCAACUCUGGCAGCAAUGGAAAUGGCAAUGGCAAUGGUAAUUUAUAUGGCUCAUACAAUUCAUAUGGAGAUUACUCACAAUCCGGCAACGGUGGGUACAUCUCGCCGCCCCACACCGCACCAACCAGCUCUCCAAGUCCUCCGCCGGUCGUUGUCUCACCCAUCUUCAUCGCACAUACACCUUCGCCCACUCCUCCAACCUCGCAAACCACCGAACAGCCGCAGGAGCUACCACCCACGUCUGGAAAAUCCUCACGCUGGCGACCGUUCGGCAAAAAGAAAUCAAAAUCCUUCUCAGCCGGAGAGACAGCGGGCUCUGGCCCCUAUCAGUCUCCCAAUGAUCAUGAGCCGCCUUCGGUCCCGUCGAUGCCGCUUGAAAUUCAGCGACCUUCGUUUCAACUCAAUAAUCUCGUUGAUCCGACCGAUCGAGAGGAUUUGUAUUCACAGCAGCACGCCGAUUGGUUUGUCGAUCAAGGAGAUGGCCCAUUUCCAAUAGAGGAUUAUGAACAUUUAACGCGGUAUUAUGACGAUGAUGAGGAUGGCGAUGUCGACCCAUAUUAUAUCGCGGACACCAAAGGACGGGCGCGCGCUUUUGAGGGCAAGGAUGCCGGCUUGACCAAGGCCUCUCCAGCGAUUGUCUCUGUAGAAGAUUCAACGAAAAAGUCACGAACGAAGCCAGCACUCACCCACAAGACAUCGUCUUAUUCUAACGAGCAACCUUUUGCACCGACAUUCUCGCCGAACGGUUAUUCUCAGGGUACUGUGAAUCAGGCGGACUACUACGUUCAAGAAACCAACAUGUUCACCUCAAAUGACCGCAGCUUUCAGCAAGAGUAUGGCGACCCAUAUUAUACUGGGGGCCAGUUUGACCAACAACACCAGCAGCAGUACGAUCAGCAGACACCAUUCGAUCACACAAUUCAACUACAGCAUUCGCCUUAUAGUGUUGAUCCCAGCUUGAUAAAGACAGGAUCGGCUCCGGAACUCCAGCAUCUCAACCAGCGUGGUACCGGUGAACCUGAGGAGCCACACGACGGCGAAAAGGCGAAAUCAAGGAACAAAUGGUUCAGUAAGAAGAAGAAAAAGGACGGACCGGCUGAAACGUUUGAUGAAGUCGCUAAAUUGAUGGAUGAGGCACUCUUUGGAGGUGGAUCGUCUAUUCCCCGCAAGAAGAAUAAAGGCAAGGAUAAGGAUAGGGAAAAGGACAAGGACAAGGACAAGGACAAGGACAAGGGAAAGGGAAAGGCAGACGAAGUGGACAUGAGUACGCAGUUCGCGAUGGAGGAGGACAGAACCUCAUCCGAUACGCCCAUCCCUCCCAACAGUCUACCCAUGAUCCUUCCACCGAAGGACUCGCUAUCAGAGUAUGACAUAAGGACACCCUAUGACGCUCACGGCCCAAACCUGGAUGGAACCUUCAUGGACGAUCGGCUACAUUAUUAUGGCGAGAGUUCAGGCUCGCAGAGUCAACAGCAACAUCAUCAGCAACAACAGCUCGCUUCGCCGUCGAUCCCAGAGCCGUUUCCAAUGUCUUCGUCGACGGAUGCACUGCAUUCCCCAACACCACUGCCCCUACAGACUGCGCAGACGCCCAAGGCACUUGUACCUAUUGCAUAUGCACCCAGAACAACGUAUACGCCACCACCAAAGAAGCAGGACACCAUGGCAACACCGACCCAGGCCCCUUCGCCUGCGACACCAGAACUGGACCUACAGCUACAGCCGCAGAAUGCGCCUGAAGCCAUCGCCGGAAAUCAAGACAUCAUGACCAUCGCCCCGGAACCAGUCAAAAAAUCUAAGAACCGGCCGUUCAACAUGUUCAAGGUCAAGAAGAGCGGAAGCAAACUGUCUCUCGACGAGACCCUGCCACUCUCGCCGACGUUUAAUCAGACAGGGUUUAGCCUUGGCGAGGAUGUCAAGUCUGUCCACAGCGACAAAACGAGGAAGAGCUCGAUCCAGAGUAACGAGCGCAAGGCGAUCGAUGUCGUUGCAGCAGCUCACUCGAAGGACAGUAAGCAGAAAAGGGAGAGUGACGAAUACGUUCCCUAUGAGUAUCAGGAAGAAUUAGAAGGACCGCUCAUGGAGAGAGUCGAGGUUCCGGAGAGCCGAGAGAUCAUCGGCUUUGUCAUGCCUGUGGAGGAGCUGAUUGACUACGAUAUGGAGGGCAAUGAAGAAGCCGCGCUCGACAACUGGGAUUCCUGGGUCAGUCAACUCGAGUCCUUCGAGAAGGUUCUCUCUGACAAGGGUCUGAAGAAGAAAAAUAGCAAGCGAUCCAAAAAGGAAAAGAAGAAAGAGAAGGAGCUGGAAAUGACCGCGAUCAAAGAAGACCAAAAGUCGAUCUCCUCACCUACCUCACCCUUCAGCUCCCUCAAGGCUAACCGGUCCCGAUCCAGCAUCUUCAGUACCAGCACAGUCGGUCGACCCAGCACCAGUACAAACUCAUCCUAUGAUGCCAACGAGACCCGUCUGAUCGGCAUGUACGAGAAUAUAGGCAAUAUCGCUGGUGGCAAUAAUGGGGCGAACAGAUAUUCAUUCGCGUCCUCGAGAUCGAGUGCGGUCGUGUUGGGCAAUGAUCUGACGAUUCAACAAAUGUCGUUCCAGCAGGCCAAGAAGCGUUGGUGGAACCCGAAGCGCAAGGAAACCACGUCGCUCUACACUGUCUCGGACGCCUUUUCGGUUCCAGAGCAGGAUCAGGAAAGAUAUCUGGCCACGCUUUUGAAGAGCAAUCAGGAUCAGGAGGACAAGGAUUUUCAGAAACAGGAACAAGAACAGGAAAAUCCGGAGACGACCACACCGGAGGCGGAUCAGGGGCGUGAGGAUGCAUUGAACGCGCUGUGGGAGAACAGCAAGGCCAUCAUGUCUUUGCCUAUCCCGCAAUCACCAAUAACUCCCACGAGCACACAGGGAUUCCCACCUGCUCGCGGCAUCGAGCCGUUCCAGCCCAACCCAGCACCUAUACCUGAGGAAUCCGCUACUGCUACAGUCGAGGAAGAAUCAUCGUUCAAACCAGUACCUGAGCCAGCGCCAAAGCCAAAGCCAAAUAAGAGCAACAAACCCAAGCUCCUACCAAUCUCAACCCCACUCUCCCAACUUCUCCAGAUUUCCAACCCGGAUGAGCUCUGGCAAUACGUCCAGCAGGCAAAAACCUAUGCUACCACGCGAAUGAAUAAGGGCGAUAAGCGGUCCGCUGCAAUUGCGCUGAAGCGCGCCCAGGCUCUCGAGGCCCGGUGGCAAGAGAUCUUGUUAGAGAUGGCCUCAAGCGAUGAGGACGAGGACGGGCUCCUGGACGACUACGAUGAUGACGAGGAAGAGGAUGAGGAUGAGGACGAGGACGAGGAGAAGGAUGGGGUCGACGAGCAGGAACAGGAGAAAAAACAGGCUGCGGCCUCAUUGGAUGCAAAGGUCUCUAUCACCGCUGCAACUCUUUCGGACGCUACAGGAAUUGCAACCUUAGUUCCUUCUGGACCCACUCCUACUGUCCCAGCUGUCAACUCCAUUAAUGAUGAUGAAGAAACCGACGAUGACCAUGAAGAUGACGAAGAACAGGCCCGUCGCCGUAUGCUGCAAGUCCGCAAAGUCACCAGCCGGAGCGAUAGCGCCCCAAACAUGUACUCCAAGUACAAAGUCUCCAACAAACCCACUACCACCAGUGCAGGUGAUGAUGGCGACUCCAAGGACGAUAAUACCCUAUCAAAGAACGACGACGGACAGCUCGGUCCCGACGCAACCAUGGAGCAAAUGCUGGCGACGACAAACAAGGACCACCUGACCUACUAUAUACAGAGAUUGAAGACUGACACCGUGGCCAAGGCCAGGGGCGGAAGCAAGUUCGCAGCUUUGGAGGGAAUGAAGAACGUCAAGGUUUUGCAGCAGCGUCUGGCUGAGCUCGAGCAGGACGAAACAGAAGAUACGGAUAAAGAGGUGGGCGAGUGAGGGUGGAAGGCUGCUAUCCCAAUGGAUGCUAUACCGUACAUAUAUCGUAAUAAACACUGCCUCUCCCUCUCCC